AUGUCUUUGGAAGAAUCAGACGAGUUAGAAGUUAGUGCAGAGUCAUUGGAAAGAAAGCAGCGAGGAAAGGCAUAUGCACUGGUUGAAAAAACGGCCGAGGGCUUCUUAGCGGAUGGACUUUGGAAAUCGAAGAGAGAGGAGGAGUUGCAUCGAGAAAUAGAAGUGAUGUCUGCAGAAAAGGCCAAACGUUUGUUCGAAGACGAAAGAGAUCGAAAAUCCUGGGUGGCUGCUAUUAAAAGAUCCGUAGAGCAAAGUAUACAAUCUCAAGUGCGGGCCGCUUUAGGAACUCCACCGGGUGAAAAGAGAAAAAAAUUAUACGAACAACGGCUUGCAGAAGAGCGACGGAGGAGGCAGAUAGAAAUGGAAGACUCUGAUAAACACAGAACAACAGAAAACCGUAACUACAGCUAUCCGUCUUUUCAUGAUGACGACGGGGUGUUGUUUCAGAGACGUCAACAAUAUUUACAGAAGUACGCGAUCAGACGUUCGAUGAGAUCUCUUAAGUUCGAUCAAUCUUCGACAAGAAAUUCUGUUCGUGACUUCGACGACAUAGAUCCUUUAUCUAGCGACUUUAACAAACGAUUUAGCAUCUACACGCGAGCUGCACUCGAUUAUGCAGGUAAAACGUGCUCAAACGCAAACACUACUGUUGUUUAUAAACGUUCACCAGGAUGUGUAUGGAUCGAUCACAAUGGCGAUCAACAUGACAUCCCCGGCCCAUUUUGGCCCAAAGAUCACCUACCGCGUUUUUCAUGUCAGAAACAUAUUCACUAUAUCCCCGAUUUUGUCGAAAGGUUGAACACGGAAGGUAGGUGAAAUGCUUUUAAGUUGAAAAGUUCGCCAUGCAUGUCAACAAAUCUAUUUGUUUGCGAACUGGAUUUCCAUUAGGCACACAUUGAAACUUCCAGGGACCUUGUGAUAAUUGUGUGCGUUCGCGCGUAAUUUGAAGACUUUUAGAUGUUUUAAGCGCAUUGAUUACGGAAAAAUUAGGAACAAACGUUAGCGUGUUUCAUAAUUUUCCAGUAAAGUUUAGUCUAAAGUACUUCACAACAUGCAAUUAACAAGUCACGCAUAUGAAAUCGACAUUGGCUUUGGGAUCACAUUACAAACGUCGGUUAACGUCGGUGAAAUGAAUAAUCGAGAUUGAUGCAUUUCCAUACCACAUCAUUAUAAUUUCUAUAUUUCAGAUUGAACAUUUACAUUUUCACAAUCAGAUAAAUCUUUUUGCAAUAAAAUAUUCUUUACAAUUCCCAAAGAGCGAGGCGAUUAAAUUCGUGUUUUGAAAGGUUCAAGCGCAAAUGUGAAAAGCAGACGUUGCUGAAUAGCGCUGAAUAUUAAGAGUCACGCAGGCAGGAUAAAGAAACAAAGAAACAUUGUUCUCAGCCAUUCAAAACAUAUCUCGCAUCGAAAAAACAAUCUGCGCUAGUACAAUGUUUUAAUUUGUUAACUAACACUUAAUAUAUAGUACCAGCCGCAACGCAAAGGGAAUAAAAUCUCUCGAGUUACGGCAUAAUAAUUUGAAUAAUGCCUUGCGAAAGGUUGCUAUCAAGUGACAUUGUUGUAACACAUCCUCUUAGUCAAACAUUGGUGUUAUUAGAUUUGCAUUUAAAAUUUCUGUUUAGUUGGUGUUUAUGUCGAGAUAAUAGCGAGGAGGUUGCUUAAGGAGAACACCAGCUGGCUACUUUUGAAAUCCAACUGCGAAAAAAUUCUUUCAAUCGGUCGUGGCGUGGAAAGAGGAAAAAAGUUUUAAGCAUUAGGGAAUCAAAUAAACACCAAUGAGCGGGGGGGGGGGCUGUGUGAGGAAGAAGUGGUAUUUAGUAGAUUAUUUUGGAAGCUAUUUAUGUUGUCUCUGCAUCAUCAAUUUUUUUUGUUUUUCAGCUGAAAAUGCCAAUGCUGGACACAAAGUACCUAAUGAAGAAUCCCUGUAUCCUCAACAGUGGCGAGGAAACCUCACAGUUUAUGAACGACAGAACAGAGGGGAGGUAUGCAAUUAAAACAUUGAAAGUUAGAAUACUUCGUUUUAUUUCUGCUAAUGGUCAAGGUGAACAUGGCUGCAUUCAGCUAAUGACAAUGUUCAUCCAUUAUAAUUCCGACCUAGGGGGUAAUCUCCUAAUCAUACUUGUAUCCCACUAGGAUUGGUGGCAAUACUCCCAAAUGCUCCAUGCUAUAGAGAGUAGUGUAGACGAAGAUGGUAUAAUGUACGGCGCGUAUAUUUUGCAGGUUGCAGGUUGAGGGUUCAAAUUAGAUUAAAAAUUAUUGCGAAACUGUAAUUACACAUACAUAUUUCAGAAUUGCACCUUGUGAAUCUGCCUCUCUGGGCCAGGCUCCAUUCUCAUCACAGUAAAAGCUCUGACCGCUUUCAAACGCAUUCCAGCCUGCAGUGAAUUUGUUUGUUUCCUCAGAAAUGUCUGAAAUAUUUGCUGAGUUUGGCUUCUUGGUCGUGUGUACCAGUACAAAUUCUUAGUUCGCGCCUGUCGGUUUAGCGAUCAAACUGGUAUCGGUUUUUGACAUGGGCAAAGCCGUUACAUUUUUCAUUUUCUACCGUAUUUAUUACAGACAAUCUUAAAGCGGUAUGGCUUCAGGCAAACCUGGAACCGGUGGAAAAUUAUUAUAUGCCUUUGAAACAAAGAAUGUAACUGAUAUGAAAAGACGGAGUGUCAACAGUGGAGACCUCAGUCUCUACAUGGUUUCACUCAAUUGUUUCACUAUAUGUCACAUAGGAACCAUUUAAUGUAGGAUUCCUUAUGAGUGUCUAACUCACUCGGUUACAAUAGUGCCAGCGAUUUCCCAAUCUAAUUACAUUAAUUAUUAAUUAACUACAUCCUGCAAAAUAUGUGUACGUACCUACUGUUUUGUGAAAUACUCCAAGGUGCUUCAUGCAUUCAUAGAUAUAGUUGGUUGAGUGUAUUGAUUUUGAAAAAUGAGGAACUGACUAAACAUGUGUAAGCCAAGCUCACACAUGUUUUUAAAAUUCCAUAAAUUUCCCAUGCUUCAUUUGGUUUUGCAUAAGCAAAACCUCUUUCUGAUGCUUAUUUUUUUCACACCUAAGAGUGACUGGUAUUUAAUUUCCCCUUACAGUAUCUUUCACACCAUGCUAAUUGACUGCCAGUGAGACAACAUCCUUUGCUUUGUCUUAGGAGUUCUAAUUCAUUUAUCAAAUAUUGACUGCAUGUCUCAAAACAAAAAAAAAAAUGUUCUUUUGUGUCACAGGGUAACCAAGCUCAUUAUGUUCCAGCUGGGUGUCCUCCCUGUCUUACAUUUGAAUCAAGGUUUGAAUGUGGAAACCUGAAGCAGGUCAAGAGAAUGUAAGCAUUGAGUCCAUAGAACUUACAUUUCUGCUCUUUUAGUUUUCUUUUCAUUGGUCCAAAGCACUAAGCUGAACAUCGAACAGUGACUGAUUAUGCCAAAGGUUUCUUGUUAAAUCACUCCCCCCCCUUUCCUGUUUGUAACUGUUGUUGGCUGGGCAAUUAAAAAUAUAUUUGUAAGGAGGUCCAUGAUUACUUCUUAACCAACCCACACCCCUCCCUCCUCCCCUUCACCCAGUGUUACACUCUUAGUAUCAGACAAGAAGUAAAGACCCCCAGAGGUAUGAUUAAGGGGAUGGUGGGAGAAGAGGUGUCUGGACUCCCCUGACUUUUGUUCUGGUGCUGCCAUUAAUCAUAAACAACUAGCAUUCAUUCAACGGACACAUGAGGCCGUUAGGCUGUAGGGAUAGCAUGGAAGUGAAUGUAUUAGCUCCCCCCUCCCCCUCCCCCUCCCCCUAACCUGUAGCCCCAGCUGGAUCCUGAAACCUGAGGUCACAUGUGGUUUGAAUUUUUGUUAGUUCCUGUCCUUGCUCCAAAGUAAUCUCUUUAAUUUAGAGUUUUGAAACUGAAACUGUUCAAAAGUUACACUAGUGGUCACAUUUAGUAAAUUUACCUUUUAACCAACCCCAAUUUGACCAAUCAGAACAAAGGAAAUACUUGGAACCAAUCUGAGCUUAAAUUGAACUUGUGUGAUGACAUAUAUAGUAGUAAAUAAUUUAACUUUUGCUAUUGAUAGGGUGGCAUAUGUUUUCUUUUAAUCCUAAAGCACAGUAAAGCAAGUCAAUGCAGUUCCAGAGUUUUUUUUGACCCUGAUUUAAAAUAUUCUUUAAAAGUAUUGUCAAGUUAAGUUAUUACUGUAAAAGUUCAAUCUUUUAAGUUCUGCUGCCCAGUUAUUGGUUCUGGUUUAUAACAGAUCAUUUUUAUUUCUUGAGCUGACCCUGGUAAGGAACCCUUAUGAUGCAUCUUUGAGCUAUGAUCUCUAUUUGAUUUCCUUGCCAUUCCUGUCUUUCAGAGGAAGUUAUGAGUAUGAUCUUAUUCUCAGUUGUGACUUGUACACCAAACGACACACGCAAUGGUAAGGAAAACAGUUUUACAGUUAUAAUUCCUAGUUUGUUAUCAAAAACACAAAAUAACUGUGAUUAUGACAUAGCUAAACGAAAAAGGAAAAGAAAAAAAAAACGCUUAAAAUCUUUCUUUUCUGUCCCAUAAUAGGUAUUAUUUCCGUGUCCAAGACAUGGUACCUGGCACCACUUACAAGUUUAACAUAAUCAAUUUGCUGAAAAAAGACAGUUUAUACAAUUACGGUGGGUUUUAGUUAUCAGAAAAUUUUCUCCAGAUAUUUUAUUCUUUUUUAAUCUCAUUCUAUAAUAAAGAAUAUAUUCAGACAAGCUUAAAAGCGAUGCUCGGAAUUUUACUUUCUCCGCAAGUCUGAUCAAUAACAACCAUACUGGGCUUGACGUCAGUGGAAACUCUUCCAUUUAAGAAUUUUUGGUUUUUGCUAAAAUUUAUUUAUACCUUGGCUUAGAACAUAUUUACCGAAAAAAAUUAACAAUUUUUAGCGAAUCAUGGCCUUCUAAAAAUAUUUUAAUAUUAUUUUCUGCAAAUUAGGUUUUGAAAUUCUUAUCUCUUUGGCUAUUCCACGUUAGAGAUUUAUCUUGCUUCAAACGCACCUCUCAUGAGUGAAGUUAAGGCCGGUUGCGUAGUGCUCGGACAAACUUGCGGUUCUGAUGUUACGACCAAUUUUUCUUGCCUUCGUUGGUUACCACAUUCUCUUCGUUAUAGUGUUGCGCUGCGCGCUUUCCGCUGUAGAAUAUUUAGAUCUUUUAUUGGAGCUGUUUGCUUUCGAAAUGUAUUCAGUUAACUAUUGUUCUGAUAUCUGUAAAAUCUCAACUAUGGGAUUUGAAAAAGUGCAAAAUCUUAAGAUGAUGUCAGGUCACUUUUCAAUGGGCGUGGUCGUCUAUGAUAUGGACCAUGGCCUGCGUCACUUGCCUCGCUGCAUAUUCUCCCUUGAAAGCGGUCAAACACGGAACUCAAGAUCUGAGGAGGGGGAAAUCAGCACAAAAAGGUUACUUAGAAAUCCCGAAACACGACCAUGGUCGGGUCGUGAAAGUUCCGCAAUAAUAAGCAAAUGUUAUGAAAAGACUAUCACCCUGUUCGGGGCUGUAAUAAGUUUUUUAUUUCCAUAGAGACUAAAUGUAAUGGAUUCCCUGCUCUUGUUGGGUAACUCGUGACGUGAACGUGACGUGUAUUUCUCGUUUCAGGAAUGAAACCGUUGAUGUACUCCGAGCGUGAUGCUAAAGCGAGAGGUCUGGGUUGGAAAAGAGUCGGUUCACUUAUUAGUUAUUAUAAGACUUCAUCUUAUAAAAAUCCUUUGCUUCAACGAGAAUAUGUCUACUACACUCUCACAUUUCACAUGGUAAAUUUUAGCUUUGUUUUCUAGUUUUUCACCUUCUCUGCUCUGGUGGUCAGAUUUGAUAGGAAAACUAUCGUAUUUCAUUAUCUCUACGUAAAAUUACAUUCAUGGUUAAUUUUUCUAGGAGUUUCCACAUGAGGAUGACACAUGUUACCUUGCUCACUGUUAUCCGUACACGUACACUGACUUAGAACUUUACUUACGAUCCAUCAUCGAUAAUCCGAAGACUUCUCAACACGUUCAACAGGAGGUAAAUAAACUUUAAAAUAUUUUCCCAUAAAGAGUAUGUCAUAGACUACGAGAAAUCCUUCCUUUUCGGCGAAGUCCGCCGCGCGAGUUAAAAAAAUCAGAAAAAAAACAAAGGUUGAUGUUAGCGCACCUCGCGGAACUCUGGGAUUGAGGCGCACUAAGAUUAGAACUUCCAGAAUUCCGUGCGACGCGACUUCGCCGAGAAGGAGGGUCUAUUCUAAGUCCAAGAAUGUCACAGUUUGCGAGCUUGGAAAAUUUAGGCCGAGUUUUCAAGUUCUUGAUUUGAAAUCCGUCCUGAUAUUCAAGCUCUAUCUUUAAUCCGUAACAGUGACCAAUAUCUGAAUACUCCUUGCAACAUCACUUUUAAAUCAAACAUUAUGAUCAUGAGAAUGAAGAAAAUGAUCACCAACUAAAAAAGCACCUGAUUUUUUUAACAAAUUCAUCCGUCAAUACCAUGGGAAAUAUAUCGAGAACACUCCGGAGAAUAUGCAUACUGAUGUUAGGAUCUACAGUCUUUCUAGUCUGUUAUGAUAACUUUGGUCAGAUUUUGUUUGUUGACUUUAACAACGACUAAACGGCAGUUCCCUUUUUCCUUCAUAAUUACUCAAAAUUUCGUGGUUAAGUUCGUCUAAAUACAAAUUAAAGUGGGUUUCUGUAGAGUUGUUUUCGUCAAGUUUUGCAACAUCAACCCUUUAACCUCUAAGAGUGACUAGCAUCUAAUUUCUCCUCGUAAUAUCACCCCUGAAUCAUACAUUAAGGUUACGAAAAUAGUUGAACAGAUCACUAGUUAAAAAAUCUCUUGAUUGUUGAACAAUUCUUCUCGUCAGUGCCAUACGAAAUUUAUGGAGAACAGCAUGAAGAAUGCGCAUACUGAUGUUAAGGAGUAAAACGUUUAAAGCUCCACUCUUAUCACUUCUCACAGGUACUGUGUAAAACUAUGGCUGGAAACAAUUGCCAUGUGCUGACUAUCACAUCUUCUCAAGGUAACCUCAACGUGGCCUUUUGUAUGGAUACAAUUGUCCAUAAUUGUCUUUUUCUUAAAACGAUGCUACUAUUGCCCUAGAUAGUUCAGCUCAAUUCUUUAUCUCUUUGUCCCAAUGGUCGCGGAACUUAUCUUCUUGGGCCAUAUUUUGUUGGGGCUUGGAACGAACGAUUGCUCAUAGCCCUUUUAAUCCCAAUGUCGUUCCCAAGCUCCUCUCUUUUCCGCACCCUGGAAGAGAGAUAACAACUAUGAUAUAGACCCUAAGCUCUAUUUAGGAAGUAUGUCGCCAGUUUUUUUUCUUUCCGUUAUUUAGUAAUAAUUCUCAUGUUGGAAGAGAGAUGGUGGUUAUAUCACUUGGGCUAUAGCCUACCACAACAUGCUUUUCUUUUUACAGUUCCAGAAAGCGAGAAACUCGGUGUUGUUGUGAGCGCCAGGGUACAUCCGGGAGAGACGAACGCUAGUUGGAUGAUGAAAGGCAUGCUGGACUUCCUAACCAGCGGUCAUCAUAUUGCAGAGGUACCAGCAGUUUCCAGUUUCCCUCAAACAAAGUGCAAACAAAGUGUAACGAAUCGUUAAAUUAUAUGGUGCGGCUAUUGAUUUAUAAAAUUUGCUGUACCUUGAAAUUACUGAUCUCAGCUUGAUUCGAGUAACCUCUAGAAAGCUUUGCACUGGUUCUGCAAUUUAUAACCUUUUGACCGAUUUACUGACAGGCAGAUAGAUAAAGUUUCCUGUUUUCCAUUUUUUGCGUUGUCUCAAAUGAUUGAUAAUUCAGUUUUAAACCACUUUUUAUGAGUUAUUCCAACCUUUCCGCUGUCUUCGUUUUGGCCAAGACCCCUAUGAGGUCGUGUAGAAAUCUCUGCUCUGUUUUCUUUUUUCAUCAAGGAAAAGUACAGAACUACCAUUAGUCGCCCUCUAUAUAAUAGUUUUCUGUAGAAAUGAUGAGCUUCCUUUAAUGUGACUGUAUUUAUUCACGUUAUAGGAGGGUCUCGCUGGGGUUUACCGUUAUCUGUAGAACGGCCAAACAAAAUUAGCCGUUAGGUGUUAUAUAGCCAGAUUUUAAUCGUAAGUCGCAAAAGGAGAACCAUUAAAAAUUUUUUUCUGUUAGUGGUAACGGAAAGAAUUUUAAGCAUUAGCCGUAUAAUGGCCGAAAUUUCAACCGUUACCAGGAAAAGCUAUAACUGACUCCUCUAAGAUCCUUUCCUAAUAUAUUAGAGCCGUGUAAAAGUCAAUUACGUUUUCUUUUCGUCUUCUGUGUGCAGAAACUUCGUCGAAAGUUCGUGUUCAAGCUAGUUCCAAUGCUGAAUCCGGACGGCGUAAUUGUCGGUAACUACAGAACGAAUUUAGCCGCCAGAGACUUGAACAGGACGUACAAAGACCCCAAGAAGGUAACAACUGCUUGUUAUGAAAAAUUGGUUACAUACGCAUACUUCCAAUGGCUGUUUGUCAAUUUGAAUGAGACAACUGGAACAUAAAUAUGUUCUAAAACGUGAAUAAAAUAAUAAAAGGUCAGUAAUAUCUCACGAAAAACAACUAGAUUGAAACUUUCCAAAAAGUCUGAGGGAGCGAGGCAAAAGUAGCUCACUGGCUAUGCACGAAAACAAUCGCCUAAAGCAAGUGUCGACUUUUUGCUUCCAAAAUUACUUUUUGUGUUUGAACAGUAGCAAGACCACUAGACCUAAACUUUAGUGGUACACACCGUUGAAGGCUACUCUUCAAAUUAAAAGUGGAUGCUCGCGGCUUGUAAAGAAACCCUGAACUAUUAAAUUUCUUACGUUACAGGAGAGCUUUCCAACUGUUUGGCAUAUGAAGAAUAUGCUGGAGUCAUUCAAAAAGGACCAUCAGGUAAAAGAAAGUUUAAAGAUAAAAAAUUUGAUGUUAUCAACUGAGUUGAUAAUGUAAAUUGGCCACCAUAAAGAGUUCUAAAACUGACGUUUCUAGAGUUAUAUCAUGCCCUAGAUGAAUUAUGGGUUGUGUCUGGUUUAUGCAUGUAUCCAGAAAGAUCGAACUAGGCUGUUGGUGGGAACAUGAUGACGUGAAAAAAAACAAAACAAAACAAAUCAAAAAUAAAUUUAUUGAAUGGAAAGUGUUUGUUGGUGCAGCGGGGGGGAGUAAGAGUACCGAUUUGAAAGAUAUAUUUUUCAGUGCAGUUUUGGGGCUUCCCGAACUACCUAGAUGCAGUGAAAGGCCUUGUGUUGCUUUCUCCCUGUUCAGAUGAUUGGAGUCCAAAGCAUCUGUGACUUUUUCAAAACUAAAACGUUUCAUUUUAGGUUAUCAUUUACUGUGAUCUUCAUGGACAUAGUCGCAAGCCAAACGUCUUCAUGUACGGCUGCACGGCUGACCCCAAAAUGGCAUCGAUGAGUGACUUUGUCGAGGAGCGACUUUUUCCUUGGAUGAUGUCGCAAAAGGUUAGUACUGACCUCCGCAUUAACAGGUCCAUAACGCGCACAUGUGUUGAUUGCUGUUGUAAUUCUACACCUCUUUACUUCUGAAGUUCUAUCGCGCACGCCCGUUGACCAGCGCUUGGUUCAAAAUUAAGUUAAAAUCGAGAUGAUGGGUGUUGUUGAAGAAAUGACACGUUGAUGUGGUGAAAAGAAAAAAAACAGAUUUUUUUUGGGAUGAUCUCAGAUGGAAAUACCAAAUUUAAUACUAACUAAAAGAAUUAGGAGUACAGAUAAAUAGCUCACAAUGACGUAUUCGCAAAUUACAGCAUAUAAUUAGUGUCACUUAUUAGGCUCCAACAAUUUUGGGGAGAGAUUUUAUGUCCCGGUCCCGUUUGUCGAAAGUUCCAGUUUUGCAGAGCUUACUUUUCUCGAAAACCUGUUUUUUCUUUGCCAUGUGUACUUUCGAGAUCUAGCUUUUAAUAGCAGACCCCCGUUCAAACCAGCUUGAAGCUGGACUGGGCCAGCCUGCAUAAAUAUCGCUAAUAAAUAAAUAAAAAAAUAAAUAAAUAAUAAAGAUAUUAUGAAAGUGCCAUAGUGAACCGGUCUCUGAACCAAGACCCACACCACUACUCCUUAAAUUUAAAUUUUCAAGUUAAAGGAACUUUAGAGAAACGAGCCCCAGUGAGCAAACAGCUACUUUUUCCUUUUCCAGGCUCCGGACAAAUUCUCAUUCAGUGGUUGUAAAUUCCGAGUGCGCAAGUGCAAGGAGUCAACAGCGCGUGUAGUUAUGUGGCGUCAAAUGGGAAUCACGAACAGCUUUACCAUGGAGGCGACAUUCUGUGGCGCUAACUUUGGUGACAUGUAAGUUAUAGAGAAUGCAUCUCUUUAUCAUCAUACAUGCAGAUAUAAGAUGCCAAGCUUCAUAAGUUGCUAAUUCAAUUGUUACAUUUUUUUUUCUGCGUAAAGCUAUAAAACCCCUCUCUGGGUCGGCUUUGAUGGGGUCAUUGCUUUCAAUUAGUUAAAGCUUGAAGAAACUUGAACGCGAAAGGGUUGAAAUUUAGGGCUUAAUAGUCGCUUUCUAUAUACAAUUGUUCGCUUACAUUUAUUUAAGCUUGACACUGUUUUCAUACUUCUUUUUUAGGGAGAAAGGUAGACAUUUUCAUGUUGGGGACUUUGAAGAGAUGGGACGACAUUUCUGUGAAGUGCUUUUGGAGUACUCAGAAGCAAAGAGUGGCAAUCGGUGAGAGAGAAUGUUCGUGAAUGAGUUUAGUUAGGCAAGAACCUUUAGCAGUCUUACUCAAUUCUAGUUCGCGGAUCUAAACUUAGCAUGCAGCCACGGUUUCACAGUUCCUUUCGGGGCAUUUGCAAGGCAUUGUGGGAAUAAAGCAUACAAGAAUACCAAACAGUGACCUUCGCCGGGGCUUAAGUCUGGAGCUCUCUUAUGGAAGUCUUAAGCGCUAACUCCUUGCGUGAAGUGAAUCAUUUUUGGUACUUUUACAGAAAUUCUGUUAGAUUUUCCCCUUUGUUGCCUUGUUUCAGCCAUUUAGUAAUUACCGGAAUAUCUCUUCUGUUUAUAGAAGUGAAAUGACCCAGGCAUUCGUAGAGCUGGCUUGCAAGAUGACUCGAGACAUUCUUCGUCAAAUGGUAGGCAACUUCAAUGUGGAGAAUGUUUCCAAAGACAGCGCUGCUUAUAACAGCCUCGAAAAUACAGAAGCAAACGAAAGAAAUCAACGAAACGAUUCAUUAAAGAAAAACGAGGAAGCAAAUGAAUCUGGUGUCAAGAAAUUUCCAGUCUCAAAGAACAAACCCGUGAAUUUUAUGGAUGUUCGAUUGCAAACGCCCACAGAGGGACAUGAGAAUGAUGUGGAAGUUUCAGUCAAAGGUGUCCACGUGGAUUCGUUUAACGAUUGCUUGAAAAUACUAGAUAAUUUAAAUCUUGUGGACCGCUUCGAUGAGUCAGAGUAAGUCAGUGAUAUUUUUGUUCACGGUUUAUUUCAUCGGUAGAACUAAAUCAAUAUCAGUGCUGUAGCAGCUGCGCACCUACCCCUCCCCUAACCCAAUGUUCAUCAGUUAACUAAUAACAAGUUAGGGUCAAUAUUAGGUUAGGAGAGGGGUAUGCACACAGCUGGUCAGAUAUUGACAUUGAUCCUCGGAGCUAACUAAAAGUGCGCUUAACCCUUUCAAUCUUUAGAGUGAUUAGCAUCUACUUUCUCCUUACAAUAUAUCUCCUGAGUCAAACAUUGAGGUCAUGAGAAUAAAGGAAAUGAUCACCAACUAAAGAAGCUCGCGAUCAGUAAACAAAUUCUCCAUGCCAGUGUUUUAAGAAAUGUGUAGAGAACAGUAUGGAGAAUAUGCAUACUGAUGUUAGGGUGUAAAAGGUUAAGUCCAAAGUUGCAAAAUGAAAAAAUGGCGGGCGUGGUUACAUAGAAUUGCGAUCUCUUGAAGGUCGUAAGUCACAGUUUAUAAAUCUGGAAAAAAUUGGCGAAAUUUAUCAAGUUAGCCACUUUAAAUCUGUGUAAAUUUCUUCCAUCCUCAUUCAGCCUCUUUCCGUUUCUGUUUCAUAGUGUGUCUUGAGUAUUUUUCUAUCUUUGCAUGUUUAUAUUUUGUGGUAUUCUCUAAUUUCACGAUAGUUUUGUUUAGCGUAAAAUAAAACGUAAAGUGAAAUAUCGUGGUUUAGCUCCUUAAACGUUGCAGUCAGUGCCAAGCGCGGAAAACGUGCCAAGGUUUAUGAACGCGGGAAACAAACGAGGUACGCCAAGCCCGGGAAAGUGCACCCACCAAAUCGAAGGUGGUUUAUGAUUUGCAUCUGAUUUUUUAUAGCUGAAGAUCGUCCGCGUGUUUCUGACUAAUCAGAGAGCAAAGCGUAGCAAACUCAAUACAAUCCUGCAUUUAUUUUAACACUCUGUUGAAAAUUUUUCCUAAUCGUUCCCUUUCUUCUUAGCUCCAGUGACUCAGACAGCGACGACAAUGACUUUGAUGACAAGGAAGAUGAGCCGGGAUCCAGUGGCAAUACCGUAAGUGUACAACCUAUGCACUGCGCAUGUCAAAAAGGAGACUGUUAAAAAAUCGCUUGUAUGGGUCACGAACCUUCGUGGGCUCACGCUAAUCGAGGGAUUUUCUUAAUUUCCUUCGCCCCGCUUCUUUAGCGAAUGAUAGAUCACAUUAUUCGCGGAAUCGAUCGCUCUUCAGCAGAAAGCGAAGUACGUCCUUUAAACCAGUAACCAUUUACUGUAUCUGGUAGUCAGCUUUAUUCAUUAUAUCAAUGACUGGAGUUUGAUUCUUUACUACUGCUUUUUUCAAAGAAGCGAACUGAAUACUGACAAUUUUCCGCAACAAAAUUCGAGGACUCACGAGCCUCCGUCUCGUGCAGCUAACCUUGGGCCGACCGAGUAGUCUGCCAUACGUGCUUCCGGUUUAUCAAUUGUGGUAUUGGAGGUCUGAAGUAUUUGAACUUUUGGUUACCUUAAUGUAACACGCAUGGAGACGAACAAUCGUCAAAGUUGAAGUUUUGAUUUUACAUAAUUGAAAGAAGGAAAAAAAUCUAAGUGUUAAACGUGCGUACUUAAUUCCGAUGUGUUUUUUUACGAUUUUCAAGGGGGAAAGAAGGAGGAAGAAAAAGAAGAAAAAGAAAGCUAAACAUUGGUGGGAUACAUUAUCGGUAAGCUUCAUUUGUAACGUUAUGUACCCAUGUUUAGUCGUUAAUUAUAUUUCAAGGCCCAACGUUCUCGUGCUGGAUUCGAAAUUUUGCGCGCGCUUGUUUCCAUAGUUAUACCAUAAGCGUUUAUGACGUCAGGAAUCACCGGGUAACCGGUACUUUAGAAAAACGCACAGAUAACGACAAUUUUUUGUGGAAGUGUUUUGCGAUGCAUCUCCUCGUCGCAUUGCUAUAAAUUUGCUCUGUAUAUCUUUACAAGGAAUGUUUAUCUGUAAAGUGCGCCAUGGAAAACAAAAUUGAAUUCAGGUUGCAUUCGGGAAAAGCUUGCCGGCUUUGGUCGGAAAUUUGCUAAAAGAUGUGGUAAUCUGGGAAUUGUUUCCAGAAAAUUUCUUCUCGGCAGAAGCUAGUUUAGAAGCAAAUUGUCAAAGAAAAGAAAUAUAUAAUACAUUUCUAGUUACGUUGGGUAGCGUAAAGUACUAACAAAUUGUUUUAAAUAAUCUUUCUCUUCAAAUGUCUUUCAGAAACCUCCCGGGGCUUCAGAAACUGGUGACAGUGCAACGGCAGACGAGAGUGGCGGCAUGAAGGAGGUAGGACUUAAAUAAAAGUUAGAGGGUUGAGUUUGGAAAUUUUAGGCGUAAUCUUUGCAGCAAAGCAAACGGCAAAAUUAAUUCUGAUAAAUUUCCCCUAACUUUCAAAAUGUUAUCCACAGCAGAAUUUAGAAGCAUUCACUUAGUCACAGCCAUUGUAGAUAUUUCUGUUAGGCGUUUCAUUGGUAGAUUGAGAUAAACGGAUAAACGGAUAAACGGCGAAAAACCUUUGCGAGUUUUGAACAUAACGUAACAUCAGAGAUUUAGUACCUAGAUGACCUGCAUUAUAUGCAAAAUGCACCUAAAUGGUUUAACUGCUCUUCAUGAAAAGCAUGCAUAAUUGCCUUCUUGUCUAACUCAGAUGUUAUCGUUCCUUGACAGAACACCUGUAGGGAAUGGCGUGGAAAUAUCCACACAGUAAAGUAUUGUUCCUACUAAUAAAAGUACCCAAAAUAUGAGACUAACUUACUUGAAUACUUACCAGGCUCUUAUUUAUGAAUAUAGUUUAGAAUUAAACAUAACCACAAUUUGGUCCUAAUAUUUAAAACAACGAAAAGUAAACCAUUACAACAACCACAAUGAAAAAAACAGGAAGUUAUCGAAAAUAUUUAAAGUACCCAUAACUGUAACAAAACUUACCGAAUUUUACCAUUUAAAUUUCGCAAGAAUAAUUUUGACAGACUCUCGAUUAACAAGUUCGUUUUUUUGACAAGUCUUUUUUUCCCGUUAUUUAAUGAAUAAAACCAAACGAUUUGUUUACAGUCUUCUAUGAAAUUAUUUUAAAUUUGUUGUAAUUUUUGUUUAACGUUUCAAAGUCAUGCCAGGAAAAUUUACGAUCGCAUUUACGAUCUCUGGGCUCGUACAGAGUCGUAAGGUGUUUUGGUUAAAUGAUAUCGGGAGUUUAGGGGAGCCUCGAAACAAGAAGAUAAAUAGGUUAUCUCCUUUAUUUCACUAUAUUGAAAAAUAUUCAAACGGCACCUUUAACCCUUUGACUGCGACCGAGAGAGUGACCAAGACAGAAUUUCUCCUUACAUUAUCGAUAUAGCAAGCAGAAAAGUGAUGAGAAUAAAGAAAAAUAUCGACUAGGGGGUAUGAGUUGAUCCAAUACCAAAUUCUCCGAACUAAUAUCGUAAGAAUCAGAAAAAGACAAUAAGGAAAAUUAUAAAUGAGAUCUUAGGAGUGAAAGGGUUGAUUGGUUUAUAACAAAAUAAACUCAGACGUCGAAUUCGGUAGUGUUGACGAGGUCAGUCAAAGCUUUCCAUCUUGUUCUAUACCUGAACAUUAUUUUCAGACUGUUCUGUGAAUGACUGGGAGAUGAAGGGAUGGAAGGGGUGGGGCAUUUAUGAAAUAAAAAGCUUAUUCAGAAUCAUUUGAGGAAAUAACUGGGGAGGGGGAGGGGGUGGGUUUAGGGCAGGCUCUUUGCGGUGGCCUGGGGACAAGCUCAUCUUGAAGACUUUACACUUUGAUGCGCAUUUCUCGCAUAAAUAAGUGAUUUGACCAGUUCUUUGUAAUCUUCUUGUAAACAGAAAAAGAUAAAGACGAACUUUGGAAAGUUUGUGAAUCCUUAUGUGCACCGGACAAAUGGUGGAAUCCCUAUUUUCUCUCAAGAGAGGAUUCAAAACCGAGCGAAAAAGGUAAACACGUUUAGUCUUCUCUAUUUAAUUAGAACUGCAGACAAGUUUGGAUGCCUCAAAAAUAAUUUCAAAUAGUUUACCGCACAUACACUUAGAUAAAUCUAGACAUCUUAAUUUCAUAUUGGGUUAUAUUGGCGGAUUGCAAAUUUUAAUUUGGUCUAAAGGAAUUGUCUCACAUGGUCAUCAAUUAACCUGUGUUAUUGAUGUUGCUAAAGCCGCUAGGUUACCAAAAAGGGUAAGAAAUAACUUUUCGUAAAGGCCUCAAAUGCUGAUAAAUUGAAUAAUGCAAUCCGCAGCUAGGAAUUGAACGAAAUGUUAAAACGCUAUUAUGCCACACCAGAGCAAACCACGACGGUGACGUUUUAAAACUUUGUAAAUAUUUUAGCUAUCAGCUGCAAAGCAACCUGAAAUCAUCAAAAUUUGCGUGGUCUGAGAACGGAGACCCCACGCCAAAUUAUUCAAGUUUCCAUUCGGAACUCCACUCUGAUCACAUACGAGAUGCCGAGAUUGAGGUGGUAAACUCAUCCAGUCAUUUGCGAAUUUUUAACUGAAAAUGUAAAUUCAUCUCCCUUGACGUUGCCUUCCUGACUUCUUAAGGACCCACAGUGACUCACGGGGAUCGACAAGCUGAGUGGUUCAACUGUUCAAGCAAAUAAAGACGAAAAAAAACAUUUGUUCUUUUUCAUACAGAGAGAGGAAUCGCAAAACGGUGGCUCACAGGAGGCAGAGAACAAAGAUUUCCUAGUAAAGGUAAAAAGAGGAAACUUUCAAAUAACCAGAGAAGCAUAAUUUACAUUAACAUCUGUCUACACUAACAAAAAAAAUUAUCUCAAAAUGUUAUUCACUUGCCUAUGUAACUUUUUCUUUUUAAUUUUAGUAUGCAACACAGGAACCCCAACUAUCACCGCAGGUUCUCGCCGUAACUGAUGACACAGAGAUGAACUUCAUCACCGCUCAGAGACGUGUGGCGUAUUACAUGUUUGCUGCAAAUAAAAAUCAGCAGAACUGGGCAACGGCGAAAGCAGGGCCAACACGCACGAAACCCCCACCCAGUCCCCCUAAAAACGUUGUAGAGAUGGAUUCAUUAAAAUUUGAUUAUCUGAUCGGGGACGGGUAUGGCUUCACCAUCCGUAUUCCAGGGAGAAAACCACAGAGAUCUCGCACUCAGCCCCCACUGCAGACAUUCGAAGAGGCGCGACUCAAACCCAGGAAAAAGCAAGUUUCUCCGGCUUAUGCUUUUGACUUGGGUGACGAUCAGGUAGCACUCCCGGAUGUGACCCCCGGUCUUCACAAUCGUCACCACAACCGUUACUAUAGGAACGAUUCCGAAGAAGAGUUUGAUCGAAGAAGACCUACCAAAAACACCCAAAUGAGACGAGGAUUGUCUGGUUCAUUUGGGGGCGAAUUGCCUGAACAAAAGAGAAACAACUUUGCUAGGUCACGAAGUGAACAUGGAAUGUCAGUUAGGAGCGAGGACAGUGAAGAUGUUUCGUCUAAAAGUGCUGGUCACAGACCCAGAAACGAACGCCCAAUGUUUGAGCCUUCAGCGCCAAUUCCGUCAUAUUCUCAUGUGUCUUCUCCUUAUGCCAGUCGUAAAAGAUGACCCUAAAUCGGCGACUUCCUCUAAUUUCCACCAUCUCUUACAAAGCCCUUUUCUUCAAAUGACCGCUGGCCUUGAUAUCUGAAGGCUCUGAGCCUCACCAAGGGAAUUCAGCUACCUGACGAAAGACCGCCUGUUAGAUAAAACUAUUCUGUUACUUAGUAACCAUGCUUAAGAAAGCGUUGUACCUGGCUCCAGAGUUUAGCUAUCUAUAAGAUCGGGUGUUAAAGAAAUACCAUAAUUGAUUUGAUCUUGCUUCACGACGCUCUAUGAUUGUUAAAAAACUCACGCUACCUUCUCAACCAAUCAGGUUCAAACUAAAACCAGUCGUGGCUUUCUCUCUCGCCUUUUUUCGCGCUUAAUGACGUUUGUUUUUCAUUGGUUCCUUUACAAUUUUUCCUUCGAGCUAAUUGGCCGUUAUAGUAAGUUUGGUGUAGGUGUGGUUUUAAAACACUAAAUUAAAAAGCGCUCUAAAAGUUUGCAAAUUACAUUGGCAUUUACAAGUCAUAAAGACAAUUGGUGUGUUACCCUCAGAGGAAAGUUCCUCAUUUACUCUUGUUAAAUGAACAAUUUCAUGCAUUCAAGACUCAAAUUUCAUUUAUACUUAAGAUUAUAUAUUUUUAUUAAGAAUAAUUUCCGACAAAUAUUUUAUACACAGAGUUCUUUAAGCUCAUAUCAUCCAUAUAUUUAUUCACAAGGGCUCACAGCCAUGAUGGUUUUGUACAUCAGAAAAUUAAACAAAAUACAGUGAAGAAUUAUUUAAAGUUUAUAAAUCGGCGCGUUAGAAAGAUUUGUUUGUAAAAAGCGGAGUGC